UCAUCUUUCUCCAGUCUCCCUCUCAUUUUCACUCAACUCCACUCAACUCCACUCAAAACCCACACAGAGAGAAAAAACCAUGGGAAGCUCAUAUGCUAAUGGCGGCAGAGAGCGGGGACUCGGCGGCGCUGGCCCAGGAACAGUGGACAAAGGUGUAGAUUACGCCAAUUACUUCUGCACUUACUCUUUCUUGUAUCACCAGAAAGAAAUGCUUUCUGAUCGUGUUGGAAUGGAUGCUUAUUAUAACUCCAUUUUCCAGAACAAACACCAUUUUAUUGGCAAGGUAUCCAAGUCAUGCACGCAUAUGGUUGGCUCCUAUAAGAUCUCACUUGAUAGAUCAGAAAAGGGAUCACUAUGAUGGAACUAUGGAAGAAUGGCAUGGUUUUAUUGAUGACACUAGGAACUCCUAUGGUGUAGAUAUGAGUAUUCUUACAGAGCCUUUUACUGAGGAGCAGAAGAAAUACUACCUACAGACUUCAUUGUGGAACAAUCUUCGUCCUGAACAAGUCAUCGGAACAGCUUCCAUCAUCAAGGAGAUGGAUUGUUUAACUGCUACUGUUGAAGAUAUCCUUGUUAUCAAAACUCAAUUUUUCUCAUCAAUCAUGGAGGAUGAUACAAAGUUCUCUGGUUUUGGAGGCUGGUUUGAUGUUCAUUUCCGAGGAAGAAGUGAGAGUCCAGCUACAAGUGAGAUUGAGUUGUCAACUGCCCCAAGUAUUGAAAAUGGCACACAUUGGGGUCAGCAAGUCUUCCUGUUGAAUUCUCCAAUUCGAUGUAAUGAAGGAGAUAAUAUGAAUGUUUCUUUUGUGAUGAAUCGUGCUAAAGAUAACCAUCGACUGUUAGAAGCUGAAUUUGGGUGCGAGUUCAAACUGGCAUCUGGACAGCCACUCCAGCCGUUCAGGAAGAAGUUCUUCAUAGAGUGAGAAAGGAAAUGGAUCAAGCGUUCUUCUUAGUUGUCUUAAAAAAGAGCUGCUAUGACUCAGAAGACAUAAAUCAGAAGUCUGAUACUCUGUUGAAGCUUCUCUUAUAUGGAGAAUUCUAUUGGGAUGUUGUGACGGCCUUUCUAUAAAGCCUGAGAGGUAGUUACUCUGUAAACUCUCAAGCUUUUCUGCUGAUUAUUGGAUAUACAAAUGUCACACGUUAUUGUGUUAAACUGAAUGACUACAAGAAUCCUAAAUUGGGUACGACAAAAAUGGUUUGAGUCCAUCUGUAUUGACUGAAACAGAGUUCAUGGCGAGGCAAAUAUAAUUUUGACAUUGAAUCAUGUAAUGCAUAGCAGUAGAAAAUGUUGAUGAAAUGAAGAGUUUUUAUGUUUUAGUAAUAGUUUUGUAUCUGUUAAAUAAUUAUUGAAUGAAUUGUCAAUCCUUCAAGAACAUCACAGUGCCAUGGAUCUUUAAUUCCUUAUACCAUAGAUUGCUAA